GCUGCUGGGAUCGCACCAUGGCCUGGCUCCCUCUCCUGCUCACGGUGCUCGCCCACGGCACAGGUUCCCUGGUCCAGGCAGCGCUGACUCAGCCGCCCUCGUUGUCCGCAAACCCGGGACAAACCAUCCAGAUCACGUGCUCCGGGGAGGACAGCAACUACUAUGGCUGGUACCAGCAGAAGGCACCUGGCACUGGCCCUGUCACUGUGAUCUAUGGCAGCAAGGGACCCUCGGGCAUCCCUUUGCGAUUCUCUGGAUCCUUGCCCAGUAGCACAGGCACGUUAACCAUCACUGGCGUCCAAGCUGAGGACGAGGCCGUCUAUUACCGUGGUGCCCCACAUGGCAGUGCUGAUCAGCAUGCAGGUGCUCUGCAGGGUGGCCGUGCUUGGGUGCUCUGGGUUCACUGUUGCUGUCUGUGGUGCACGGGUGGCAGCAAUGCUGAUGGUGCUGCUGAGGAUGCCAGUGGCAGAGCUCCUGGCACUGCAGAGCUGUGGUGUAGCUUGUUGCUGCUGCCUGCAAACUAUCUUGUGUUAUGGUCCUGUGGCCUAGAGAAGCUGGGACAAACAUUGUUGCUGUCUCUGGGCACCCCACUCUGGUCCUUGGCUCCAUGCCAGUUCAGGGGUGAUGCCCACCCUCCUCUAAUGACUAACGGUGCCUCAGGGCCCUGUGUCUAUGGGAGAGGCCCUCCCCUGUGA